CGCCCGGCAUGGCCCGCUCCGAGGAGGUGCACCGCCUCACCGAGAAUGUCUACAAGACAAUCAUGGAGCAGUUCAACCCCAGCCUCAGGAAUUUCAUUUCUAUGGGGAAGACCUAUGAAAAAGCCUUAGCAAGCAUGACAUACGCAGCCAAAGGGUACUUUGAUGCUCUGGUGAAGAUGGGAGAGUUGGCCAGUGAAAGCCAAGGGUCGAAGGAAUUGGGGGAUGUGCUCUUCCAGAUGGCAGAGGUGCACAGGCAGAUCCAGAACCAGCUGGAGGAGAUGCUCAAGUCCUUCCACAACGAGCUCCUGACGCAGCUGGAGCAGAAGGUGGAGCUGGACUCCCGGUACCUGAGUGCUGCGCUGAAGAAAUACCAGACAGAGCAGAGGAGCAAGGGGGACUCCCUGGACAAGUGCCAGGCAGAGCUGAAGAAACUUCGCAAGAAGAGCCAGGGCAGCAAGAACCCACAGAAAUACUCGGACAAGGAGCUGCAGUACAUCGAAGCCAUCAGCAACAAGCAAGGGGAGCUGGAGAAUUACGUCUCCGAUGGGUACAAGACAGCUCUGACGGAAGAGAGGAGACGGUUCUGCUUCCUGGUAGAGAAGCAGUGUGCAGUGGCCAAGAGUGCCAUCACCUACCAUGCCAAGGGGAAGGAGAUGCUGACACAGAAGCUGCCGCUGUGGCAGCAAUCCUGCUCGGAUCCCAACAAGAUCCCGGAGCGCGCCAUCCAGCUGAUGCAGCAGAUGGCUGCCAGCAGCAAUGGCACCAUAAUGCCCAGCCCUCUGUCCACAUCCAAGUCCAACCUCAUCAUCUCUGACCCCAUCCCUGGUGCCAAACCUCUCCCUGUCCCCCCGGAGCUGGCACCUUUUGUAGGACGCAUGUCAGCACAGGAGGCCAUGCCAGUGAUGAACGGAGUGUCAGGCUCUGACAGCGACGGGUACAACCACUGGUCUGAGAUGAAGCCAGCACAGCCCAAAUCUUUAUCUCCUCCCCAGCCUCAGAAGCAGCUGAGUGACUCUUACUCCAAUACACUCCCAGUUCGCAAAAACGUGACACCGAAAAACAGCUACGCCUCAGCUGAAAACAAGACACUGCCACGCUCCAGCUCCAUGGCAGCCGGGCUCGAAAGGAACGGCCGGACGAGGGUGCAGGCGAUUUUCUCACACGCUGCCGGGGAUAACAGCACCCUCCUGAGCUUCAAGGAGGGAGAUCUCAUCACACUGCUGGUGCCCGAGGCCAGGGACGGCUGGCACUACGGAGAGAGCGAGAAAACCAAAAUGAGGGGCUGGUUUCCUUUCUCCUACACACGGGUCCUUGACAAUGAUGGCAGCGAGCGGGUCCACACCAGCCUGCAGCAAGGGAAAAGCAGCAGCACCGGCAACCUCCUGGACAAGGAUGACAUCUCCAUCCCGCCACCAGACUAUGGCAUGGCCUCCCAGGCCUUCCCAGCACAGGGCACCAACACCUUCAAGCAGCGGCCCUACAGCGUGGCCGUGCCUGCCUUCUCCCAGGGCCUGGAUGACUACGGGACGAGGUCUGUCAGCAGGAACCCCUUUGCCAACGUCCAGCUGAAGCCAACGGUGACAAACGACCGCUCGGCCCCGCUCAUCAGCUGAUCCGGGAGCGCUGGCGCCCGCCUGGCACUCGCCACCUCCUCCUCCUCCUCCUCAUCCUCGCCGCUGCAUGUCCAGCUUCCCAGGACUCCAUUUUUAGGCGGAAUUUAUUAAUCCUGCUGCUUUGAAAGCCAAAGGCUCAAGCUAGUGCCCUAGUUCUCUCUUCUCUAGACUCCCUCGGUGGCAGAGGGUCACGGUGCUGCCAAUGUCACCUGUCCUUGGCCUGUGCUAACGAGCGUGGUGGCACUUCCCAAAGUCAGGGCAGCAUGUCCCAGAGCUGGGAUGGCUCCCAGGCCCAGCAGCAGCUGCUGUGGGUGGAGAAACGGGCUCAGCUGGAGAACAACUCUCCAUGGGCUCACAGUGCUCCAGCAGUGGCAGAGAGGUCACUGUCCCCCUGCUCUCCCUGCCCAGACCAGGCCAGGCAGGACACUGGGACAUCCCAAGGGAUGGUGGCAGCCACAGGCAGCUCCCACCAGAGCCCGGGUGGCCACCCCGUGCUCCGGGCUGGGACAGGGCAGUGGGUGCAGCCCCCACUGGGACGGGGUCAGCUCCAGUCCCAGAGCUCCUGCUGCACCAGGAUAUUGCAGGGAAUUACGGUACUGCUGUAAAAUAUAAGCUAGGAAAAAAAAACACUUGUGGAGGCCAGGGCAGUGUGUGAGUGAGCCUUGGGGUGCCCCUGCUCCCUGCAGACAGGAGCUCCCAUCCGGACCUCUUGCUUGGCUGUUUGCUCUUCCUCUAUUCCUAGGGCUGCAUGAGAGAGAGAGAUAGAUAGAGAUAAAAUAUAUAUAAAUAUAUAUACACACACUUGCUAAGCUUAUUGCUGGGGGUGCCCACGAGCCAGGUGGCUCCCACAGCCCUUCCCGCAGCUUCUGAGUGACCAGGGUCACAUCCUUGCUCCAAAAACAGGGAGAAGAAAGUUUCCAGGCAGGAACUGUGUCUCCCACGGCUGAGGGGUUGAACCCGAGCAGAGUUUUUGCUUUUUCCGUUGUAUUUCUCCUUUUUUGCACUUUCUGAUCACUGGUGCAGCAUGUCCUGGUCCCCACAGCCCGGGCAGUGGGUGCUUGGCUGGGCACAGAGUGUCCCCAGCCCAGGGGGCUCAGUCCCAGUCAGAUGUGGUGGCUCAUCUCUCCUGUGUCCCCUCGGAUGGGUUUUCCAGCUCCACUGCAGGAAAACAGCUUCUCCUGUGACCACCCAGGCUCCAGCUCUGCACCAGGGCUCCCAGCUCCAUGAUGUGCCUCCUCUUCCUCUCCCAGGGCUGCAGCAGAUGGG